CAUAUGAGGAAACUACAUUUUCUGAAUAUUUAAAAACAAAACUAACUGGAACCUUCAAUAUUUGUGUCCUGCAUUCAGUUGCAAUGACAUCAGAGACUACAAGCAGUACUGUAGAUGGUCUCAAAGCUACCAAAAACUUUCUUCACUGUCUUAAGCGGUAUGGCACCACAUUAUUUCUGUUUCCUUUAUAUGGCCAAGGAGAACUGCCACAGUGUUUUUGCAGAAUGUGUGCUGUGUUUGGUGGAAUCUAUUGUCUUCGCCAUUCUGUACAGUGCCUUGUAGUGGACAAAGAAUCCAGAAAAUGUAAAGCAAUGAUAGAUCAGUUUGGUCAAAGAAUAAUCUCUAAGCAUUUCGUUAUUGAAGACAGUUACCUUUCUGAGAACACAUGUUCCCGUGUACAGUACAGGCAGAUAUCCAGGGCAGUCCUGAUUACAGACGGGUCUGUACUAAAAACGGAUUCAGAUCAACAGAUCUCCAUUUUGACAGUGCCAGCAAAAGGACCAGGAAGUUUUUCUGUUCGGGUCAUUGAGUUAUGCUCUUCAACAAUGACAUGCAUGAAAGGCACAUAUUUGGUGCAUUUGACUUGUGUGUCUUCUAAAACAGCAAGAGAAGAUUUAGAACACAUAGUACAGGAAUUGUUUACUCCAUAUACAGAAAUGGAAGCAGAAAAUGAGCACGUUGAAAAGCCAAGGAUUCUAUGGGCACUGUACUUCAAUAUGAGAGAUUCUUCAGAUAUCAGCAGAGAUUGUUAUAAUGAUUUACCAUCCAAUGUUUAUGUGUGCUCUGGCCCAGACUCUGGUCUAGGAAAUAACAAUGCAGUCAAACAGGCAGAAACACUUUUCCAGCAAAUCUGUCCAAAUGAAGACUUCUGUCCAGCCCCUCCAAAUCCUGAAGAUAUUGUCCUUGAUGGAGAUAGCUCACAACAAGAAGCAUCAGAAUCCAGUGUCAUACCGGAGGCCAACUCAGAGACUCCCAAGGAAUGUACAGACUUCAGAAACCCAGAGGAGCCCUCUGAGUAGUAUAUAUGCAUCAGA